GAUAGUUAAACAGUACAGAAUAGCAAAUGGUUAUAAGAAAAGAAUCACAAUGGCGGAGUAUAUGCGGAAGGAUAAGGACUUGAAUAGACGAUAUUAUAAUGAUAAAAACGCGAGCAAUUACAAUUUGGAAAAUGUAGCUAUGAUUGAUGACAAAAGUUUACCGGAUCUAUUAAUGCAUUUGGGCACUCUAGAUAAGAUAAAUGACGACUGGAAGGGAAAAUCGUUCACUUCUUUUGAAGUAAAUCUUUUCAUAAAAAUUUUCAAAAAACAAGACAAAAAAGGUGUUAAAAACGAAGGUGAAAGAAAAGUUGAAGGCCAAGACAAAGGCGAGGCAAACGGCCUUCAUACCCGUGUUGAAUUAGUGAGCCUAAUAGACGACGAUUCAUUCCUAGAACCGAAACAUGAAGAGGAAACAAAGAAUGAAUUUAAUGAUGGAGACUCAAUUAACGCACUAUUAUUCUUGAAUGAAGGUGAAAGCGAAGGUGAAGGCCAAGCAGUAGGCGAAGGAGAAGGCAAAGGCGAAGGCAAAGGCGAAGGCAAAAGUGAAGGAAGGGACAAAGGCCAAGACAAAAGCGAGCCAAACGGCCUUCUUACCCAUGCUGAAUUAGUGAGCCUAAUAGACGAAUAUUUAAACCUAGACCCUGUAUUUGAGGAAAACAUAAAAAAAGAAUUUAAUGAUGGAGAUUCGAUUAAUGCACUGAUGUUCUUGGCGACCAUAUUAAAACAUAAACCGAAUGGUAAAGGUCUAGACAUGGCACUGCUAAGCAAAUGUUCCGAUUUGUAUAUAUUGUUUGAAGUUAACUUGCCUAAUGAAAGCCUAAAUGACUUAUUUCUAUCGUUCAAAAUCGUUUCCGAUGAAUAUGUGGGGCUAUUAAGGUUCGAUCACGUCCAACCCCCCGCUAAUGAGUUGCAAGAGCUACUAGUCUUUGUGUCGGAAUAUAAUAAGGAAGUCGAUGAAAAUGAAAAUUUGCAGCGUUUCACUUCUCUUGAUGUUAGACAUAUGAUUGAGGAGUUCUCUUUGUACGACUUAGACAGUAACGGUGUGCUCAGCUAUAACGAAUUUUUCCCGCUUGCUAGAAAUUACAAAAUAACAGAAGAUCUUUUAAUUACAUCCCCAAUAUCGGAACUUAAACUACUCGUUAAGCUAUACCGCCUCUCGCAAUCAGAAAAAAUCAAAUAUGAGGUGAAUGAUAAUCAUGAUGCAAACGGUUCAAUGACCACUACUACGUUCUUUUACUUGAAAUUCUAUUUACGUAUUCGACAAUUAAAGGAAGAAGAAAAACAGAAAAUAUUAAUUGAAAUACGAAAAGAAGAAGAGGAAAAGAAAAAAUUAAAUGAAAAAAGAAAAGAAAUGAUCGCAAUGGCAGAAAAACAAGCCAUUGAAAAUGCAAGGGCUGCUGAAGAAAUUAACCCCGGCCUUUAUGAAAGGGUUCAUCGGAGUUUUAAAAUAGUAUUGAGCAAAGAAAGACGCUGA